AAGACAGAUAGAAAGUAGUGUCAUAAGGUCACUUGUUCGUCUAAAAACUAAAAACCGUAAUAACAGUAACAAUAGAAACAUUCGCGUUUGUCCAGUCAAAACAGUGACAAUCAUUGAGCAGCAGGGGGCGAUGUGAGUUUGUGUGUGACAGAUUGCUGGAGAGAAAUGAAUUGCACUUACACUCCUAACCAUUUGGUGGCGCUGGUGCGCAAUCACAUAGUUUGCCCAUCGCUGACAGGAAGACAUUAGAAGCAGUAGCAUUGAGCUAACGUGUGUGAUGAGAGGACAGUCAGUCUACAUGAGUAGAGUCGCGGGAGACAUUUGCCAGGAAAGUGCCGGAGUUUGACAACAUGACGCGACAGCGGAGCUUUCUGUCACUUUACGUGUGUUUAUGAGCGUGUGAAAGAGUGACGGUACGUGUUCAAUAACAGUGUCGUGACUACCCCGGCGUGAGCAGCGGUACACGCCUCUUCCUGUCACCGUUCAUUCAUGACGGCGUGAGCUUCAAAGUGUGUGUUUACACUAUGGCUUCAAAGAGCAGACUGUUCCUCCAGAGGCUGUUGACUAUUGGACUCAGAGGAACUCGCGCCGCCUGGUGCCGCAGCUCUGCUUCCGCCUGGAGUCAAGGACGAGCUGGUGUCAGACAUGUGAGCUGCUCAUACUCUGUCUGCAGACCACAGUCUACUUCCACAGGUUUGAGUAGCUGGUCGUUCAGGAGUCACACCUGCGGAGAGCUGAGAUCACAUCAUGUGGGAGACACGGUCACUCUGUGUGGUUGGGUGCAGUACCUCAGACAGGACCUCUUUGUCAUCCUGCGAGAUUUCAGUGGCCUGACGCAGAUUUUAAUUCCUCAAGAAGAAUCUGCGAGUCACUUGAAAGCAGUGCUGUGUGAUCUCACAGCCGAGUCCGUCAUCAAGGUUACAGGGACUGUCAGAAGACGACCAGCAGGACAGGCGAACAAGGCGAUGCCAACAGGAGAAAUAGAAAUCCAUGCUGAGAACGUGGAGGUUUUCAAUGUGUGCCGCCAACUGCCUUUUGAGAUUAAAGACUUUGUCAAAAAAUCCGAGUCUUUGCGGAUGCAGUAUCGCUACCUGGACCUGAGGUCUUCUCAGAUGCAGAGGAACCUUAGACUGAGAUCUCAGCUGGUGAUGAAGAUGAGGGAAUACCUCAGUAACACACAUGGUUUUGUUGAUGUGGAAACCCCAACUCUGUUUAAAAGAACACCAGGGGGAGCCAAAGAGUUUGUGGUUCCUUCCAGAGAGCCGGGUCGGUUCUUUUCACUACCGCAGAGUCCACAGCAGUUUAAACAGCUCCUGAUGGUGGCUGGUAUAGACAGGUACUUCCAGAUGGCUCGGUGCUACAGAGAUGAAGGCUCCAAACCCGACCGACAGCCUGAGUUCACCCAGGUGGACAUUGAGAUGUCUUUUGUGGACCAGGCGGGUAUCAUGUCCCUCGUGGAGGGCAUGUUACAGCACUGCUGGCCCGCAGAGAUGGGUCCAAUUGAGGUUCCUUUCCAAACCAUGACAUAUGAAGAGGCCAUGAGGGACUAUGGUGUGGACAAGCCUGACACUAGAUUCAGUAUGAAGCUCAUCGACCUCAGUGAGCUUUUCUUAUCCACAGACAUCGAGUUCCUCAGAUCGGCUCUCGGUCGUCCACGAGGCUCCGUUCAAGCAAUUUGUGUCCCCAGUGGAGCGAAACUUUUCACUGGGAAAGACUUGGACGGACUGAAACAAACAGCCAAGACUCAGUUUGAACAGGAGCUGAGUGUGGUGCUGGUCAGAGAAGAUGGAACAUUAAAGUCUCCUCUGAGAAAACUGCUGUCUGACUCUGUCACUGAGGAGCUGCUGAACCAGACUGGAGCCAAACCUGGAGACCUGCUGCUGAUAGCAGCUGCUUCCCUCCACACUGUGCGUCCAUUACUGGGUAAUCUUCGCUUACAGUGUGCAGAGAUCCUGGAGUCUUAUGGCGCUUCACCACGAGACCUUUCUGCCUUCCACUUCCUCUGGGUUGUGGACUUCCCUCUCUUCUUGCCGAAAGAGGAUGAGCUGGAGCAGCUGGAAUCAGCCCAUCAUCCAUUUACUGCUCCACUGCCCGAGCAUGCACAGCUCCUCUACACCGAUCCACACAAGGUACUUGGCCAGCACUAUGACCUGGUACUGAAUGGGUGUGAGAUUGGAGGAGGAUCCAUCCGUAUACACAAAGCUUCGGAGCAGCUUUAUGUCCUGAAGAAUAUCCUCAAGGAGGAUUCCAGUCUCCUCUCUCACCUGCUGGAGGCUCUUGACUCUGGAGCGCCACCACAUGGAGGCAUUGCAUUGGGCCUGGACCGGCUGCUCUCCAUCAUGGUCGGGGCGCCCAGCAUCCGGGACGUCAUUGCUUUCCCCAAGUCAUUCCGGGGUCAUGACCUCAUGAGCCACGCUCCUGACUUGGUGUCCGAGGAGGAGCUGAAGUCCUAUCACAUCUCUGUGAGAUGGCCAACAGAUGGAGGAGGAGAAGAUGAGGGGAAGUGAGAAAGUGGAGAAUCUCUGUAACCCUGACAACGGAGGAAAGAGGACGAUGGCGGGGAGACAGGGACGAGCUGACGCCGCCGAGUGGAUUAUGAACUCUGCUUUCUGUUAGAGGUGAUGAGGAGGAGGAGGAGGAGGACGACGACGUGACUGUGUGGGACGAUCUGGUUUUGCCAUGACAUGAACACAGAGCUCAGAUAAUCAGAUUACAGCCAGUGUCACUGAUGAUGUCAUUUCCUGUCAAUCCAACACCUCAAACGACAAUUGCUGUGAUUAAUCAUUGCUUCAUUAAACAGAACUUUAAUGACUGUUUUGAGCUGUCACAUGCUGACAAAACUACAUCUCUAGAAAAACACACCAGACCUGGGAUUUUUUUGAGGUUGCAAAAUGAGUUUCAGCUUUACUGGAGGGCGCUGUCACUAAUAUAAUCAUGUUUCAGUUUAUCCAUAUUCAUGCCAACAGUUUGAAUAAAAGCAGAAUGUAUAAGAGAACUUUUCUACUAUAGGAGUAUUAUCAGACUCCAAAGAUAUUGUUUGUUUUGCAUUCAGCUGCUUAACAAAGUGAAUCAUGAGAAAAAGAAAUGCUUCAUUAUUGCCUAUAAAACCAGAAUCAGCUGUCUUACAUUUUGUUGAACAUUUUUAAUAACCAUUGUAUCAUGUGAUUAUUUGUAAUCUCUGUACCAAAAAUUAAAAAAAAAUUGAGUUUUGUUUUGUGUAUAUGUCCAGCAUAUUCUUUGGCCAUCCCUAACAGAGCCAUUAAGAAGGUCAACCAAAUUAAUUUUGAUUAUAUUUGGAAAAAAAAGAUGCACUUUAUUAAGAGAACAGGGAUGGCCAAAUAAUACAAAGAUGGGGGCCUACAGGCUAUUGAUUUUGAUUCUAUCAAUGGAACACUGAAAAUGAACUGGUUAACAUCCAUCCUUAAAAAUAAAAGCUUCUGGUAUCAUAUCCCCAGAGAAAUAUUUAAGAA